AUGCCAUCAAGAGUGAAUCCAGCCAUCGCAAAGAUCAAGAGCAAGGAAUGGGAGAAGAAAGGAAAGCUCACUGCGGAAGAGAAGGAAAGAAGAAAGGAGCUUGAAAACAAGGAAUCUUCGCAAGUUGGUCCACUAGUGUUGGCCUUCCUUUUGUUUGUGGUUGUUGGAUCUGCUCUUGUACAAAUCUUCAACAAUGCUAGAUCCGGUUACAUUGAAUAA